UCUACCGCUCCUCCUCCCAGCUCACCGGCGACUUCCCCUCCCCCUCUGACUUCCUCGCCUUCUACCAACGCACCGCGCGCUCCUCCACUCCUCCGUAUGGCGCUCCUACUACUCCGUCGCCUUCCUCACCCAGCCCACCACAGCGCGCUUCUACCGCCUGCCCGACCUCCAAGACUUGCCUGACUCCUCCUCCCCGCUGGCGCUGCCGCGCCAGCCACCCCCCGGCGGCGGCGACGCACACGCCACGAAACUCCCUCGCUGGGCCCACAGCGUCGCGCGCACGCGCCGCAGGCAGCCCUCCCUCCCGCUAGCGACUAUCACCCAAUUAGCCCUCAGCACGCUUGAAACGACCACCGCGCGCCUGCGCACGGUCCACCCCAGCGUGCCGCCCUACUCCGAGACGCAAGCGCGCUUUUGGCUCGAGCACAUGAAGCUCGGUUCUCCUGACCCAUCCGACUCAACCAUGGUAACUGCCCGUGAAGCGUGGAAGCCGAACGCCUUCGGCGUUCUGGUCGCGCAGGGAGCGCUUGAUGUAUACGCGUGGGAAGCGCAGGAUGGCGUGUGGGACAGUGGUGUGGAGUGGUGUGGGGAGCCGGAUGGCGGGGCGGGGGUUCAGGCUUGGUCGAGGGGGUGGGAGGGGGAGGUGGAAAGUCAGGAGGAGGUGGAGUUUUUGGCUGAUGUUGCUGUGGAGGAGACUGUGGGGGUGGAGGUGGGUGAGUUGGACUUUGUGAUGCGCUCGCAUGUGUUGUUAGGGGUGAUGCAUGCUGCGGUUAAGGAGGGACGGGAGAGGAAAGCUUUUCUAGAGGAGCUAGAGAAGGGGAUGGUAUGGAAGGGGCGGAUUGCCGAGGGGAGGGCAGGAAGGUGGCUGAGGGAGGCCUUGGAGGUUGUGGAGCCAUAUGUGAAUAUGUGGGAGGGUGCGUGGCCUGGUGCAGAGGAGGAGAGGGGGGAGGUGCUACGACGGAUUUUGGUGGAGAACGGGCAGCUCUUCGCAAGGUGGAAGGUUUUGCCGCUUUUGAAGGAGUUUAGCUUUGAGCUGGGUCCGAGGGAGGUUGAGUAGCAUGCAUGCGUCCAUUCGGAUAUUCAGGUUCAUGGCAAGGACAAUGGUAU